CCCUUAGGGUCCCGCCCCCGAUGUCAGGGAAGCUCCGCCCCGUUCCCCCGGGCCUGUAGUGUUGGUGAGAAGGUUCUGUGAGGAGCCGGUGCCCGGGAGUGAGGCGGCUGCUCGGGGUAUGAGGCCGGGAUGGCGUUCAUGGACAAGCCGCCUGCGCAUAAAGUGCUACUGGAUGAUACUGUGCCGCUCUCUGCUGUCAUAGAGGCGAGUCAGAGCCUCCACUCGCACACGGAGUACAUCGUGCGUGUGCAAAGAGGGGUGUCAAUGGAGAACAGUUGGCAGAUUAUACGAAGAUACAGUGACUUUGAUAUGCUGAAUAACAGUCUGCAGAUCUCAGGGCUGAGCCUCCCGCUCCCUCCUAAGAAGCUCAUCGGGAAUAUGGAUCGGCAGUUUAUUGCGGAGAGACAGAAGGGCCUGCAGAAUUACCUAAAUGUCAUCACCUCCAAUCACAUCUUGUGUAAUUACGAGCAGGUUAAGAAAUUCUUCGACCCGACCAACUAUUCUGCUAAUUACACCGAAAUCGCCCUUCAGCAGGUGUCCAUGUUCUUCCGCUCUGAGCCAAAGUGGGAGGUAGUUGAGCCCUUGAAGGAUAUGGGGUGGAGAUUGCGGAAAAGAUACUUCCUAAUGAAGUGCAAGAGUCAGCCAAAAGACCACCUUGUGUUGAGCUGGGCCGACCUGGGACCUGACAAGUACCUGCAAGACAAGGAUUUUCAAUGUGCAAUUAAACUGCUUCAGUCUUGGUCUCAUCCUUACAUCUAUCGCGUCACUUUGGCAACAGCCAGUGAAUCGUCGGCUCUAAUAAUCAGGCCAUUUAAUGAGAAGGGGACCCUCAAGGACCUCAUCUACAAGGCAAAACCUAAAGAUCCAUUUUUAAAGAAAUACUGCAAUCCCAGGAAAAUUCAAGGUCUGGAGCUAUAUCAGAUUAAAUCCUAUGGGAGACAGAUACUAGAGGUUCUAAAGUUCCUCCAUGACAGAGGGUUCCCCUAUGGGCAUCUUCAUGCAUCGAACGUCAUGCUGGAGGGAGACAACUGCCGGCUGAUGGAUUUAGAGAACUCUUUGCUGGGACUUCCUUCCUUUUAUCGUUCCUAUUUUUCACAAUUUAGGAAAAUAAACACAUUAGAAAGUAUUGACGUGCACUGCUUUGGCCAUUUACUUUAUGAAAUGACCUACGGGCGCCCCCCAGACUCCAUUCCUCUGGAUCAGUUCCCCCCAGCUCCGUCCAUGUCUGUGGUUUCUGUCCUGGAAUCCAUCCUGUCCAGCGAGGCGUGUAAAAGUGGCAUGCCUUCCGUGGCCCAGCUUCUACAGAUGCCGCUCUUUGGAGAUGUGACAUUGACAAAUUCUGAAAAACCUCAGUUCAAGAUUCCUACCAAAUUAAAAGAGGCUCUUAAAACAGCCAAAGAAUGUAUUGAGAAGAGGCUUGUGGAAGAACAGAAACUGAUCUCCCAGCACAGACGGCUCACCCGGGCGCAGUCUCACCAUGGAUCUGAGGAAGAGAAGAAGAAAAGGAAGAUCUUGGCACGAAAGAAAUCAAAGCGCACAAAUUGUGACACUGGGGAGGAGCAGGCAAUGAAGUCCAACAACUCAAAUAAUUCUGGUUCUGGGGCAAGUUCUCCUCUAACAUCCCCUUCAUCUCCGACGCCUCCUUGUACAGCAGGGGUCUCAACUGCUCCGAUACCAGCGCCACCACCUCCUCCUGCUCCGCCUCCUCCUCCAGCAGCCGCCGCCCCCCCACCAUCAGCUCCUGCCGCUACGUCUGUGAAUGGAACAGAGCGAGGAGCUUUACUCAGUUCUAUUCAGAACUUCAGGAAGGGGGGGCUGAAGAAAACCACCACCAACGACCACAGCACCCCCCGGACCAGCUGAGCGUCUAUCAGAAAAGUGCAGUUUGUACUUGCUACAAGUUUCAACACUUUUUUUUUUCUCUUUUAAACUCAUCGCCGGUCCCUAAAGGAGUCCAGGCUGUUUUAUAGGACAGUGAUUCUCUUAUUGGGCCCCGGGGCCAGGGGGGGAUAGACGCUAAUCAUGAGGAAAGUACCAAUGGCAGGUAUGAAUUCGGAGUCCCUCCAUAGAUAUGUAUAAUUGCUGAGGAAUGCCCCUCCCCUGUCGCACCGUGAUUGGCCACAAAGUGGAGCUGCAAUUGGGGUUUUCUCUAACACGUGCCUAAUGGGAAUCAUCUCUGUGGGUUUGUUUGGGACCUUUCACCUGUCUGUGACUGUUCUGUAGUGGAGGUGUCCCUUAAAGGAGAACUAAAGCCUUACUAAAGAAGUAGCUAGAAAUAUUGUACAUGAUGUUUGUGCUUUUGUACCAGCCCAAGGCAACCACAGCCCUUUAGCAGUAAAGAUCUGUGUCUCCAAAGAUGCCCCAGUAGCUCCCCAUCUUCUUUUCUGCUGAUUCACUGAUUCACAUGCUCUGUGCUGCUGUCACUUACUGAGCUUAGGGACCCACUCACAAUAUACAGUACACAUAGAAUAGGAAUGUCACAAUAUAAGGCUGAUUAGUAAUUAAUACACAUAAUUACUACAUGGCAGCACAGAAACCAGUGCAAUUAGCAUCAGAAUUGAAUAAUCAGCAAACCUGUAGCAUCAGCUUAUAUUACAGCCAGGGAAGCUCAUUUUCUGCUGGAUAAUUAGUGACGAGCCCUAAGCUUAGCUUCUCAACAGCCAAUCAGAGCCCACUGAGCAUGUGAGUGUCACAGACACUUUCCAAGAUGGUGACCCCCUGUGACAAGUUUGAAGUCCUGGAUCAUUGCUGCUAUUGACAAGCUCAAACUUUAGCCUCGUGCAAUAAAUUCACUCUAUAAAAUAUGCCAUUUUUAGCCACAUUCAUUUUUAGGGUUUAGUUCUCCUUUAAGGUAAUUAAAGGCACCUAUUUUAGCAUUUAAUUUUACUCUUGUUUCCUCUGCUCAGUCGUUUGGAAAAUGGAAAUAUACUCAAGUAAAUCUAUAAAAAAAGUGGUAUUGGGCAGAGAGCUGUCAAACUGGACUGGACGUGGCCCUCUGAGUAGACCCGUCUCAAGGGCCCCUAUUUAUCUGUAUGGAGAUCAUGAUAAUCUGGCCCAUGAGCUUGUCGGAUGUCAAACAGAAUGCCCAGGAAUGGCAGCUCCCAUGUACAGUCCAUACAGUUUAGGAGAAUGAAUCCUUAUUAUAAACAAAGUAUCAUUUGCUUUAGCACAAAACUAAUUCCCAACACUCAGUGAUAUUUAGGGGGAGCCCUCCAGCUAUUCUGCCCAAGGAUGCUGUGAGUGUGACAUUUCUCUUUAAGGGGUUUUAGUAGUUUUGAUUAUAAUGUCUGUAUAUUAUAAUGUCCGUUUUUUACUCUGCCUUUAACCUAUCCGGCAUUCAUUCUACCCGUCCUAUCACACUGGGGCUCAUUUAUAAACACUGGGCAAAUUUGCAGCUGGGCAGUAACCCACGACAACCAAUCAGAUGAUUGCUUUCAGUGUUCAACUUGCAGCUAAUCCCUGAUUGGUUGCUCUAGGUUACCGCCCAGGUGCAAAUUUGCCCAGUGUUUAUAAAUGAGCCCCACCGUGUAUACAAUAAUAUAGGCAACCUCAGCUGCAGGAAAAACUACAACUCCCAGCAUGCCUCUGGCCAGGGUCUAGUUGUUACUCUCAUAAAGACUGGUAACAAUGAAAGAACGUUCACCCACUUACCCAUAAUAGAAUCGGUGAAGGCUGAACAAGUUGAUAGGGAGGAACAAAUGUGCCCAAUUAUAAAACACACAGCAGGGCUCAUGGAUGGUGCAGACUACAUUUCCCACAAUCCUCGUUCAUGGCAGCCCAUAGGUUUCCCACUACAGAAUAAUGGGGGUUAUUUAUCAACACUGGGCAAAUUUGCCCAUGGGCAAUACCCAAUGGCAACCAAUGAGAUUGUUGCAUUCAUUGUUCUACUUGCAGCUGGCUUUAAAAAGCUACUCACUGAUUGGUUGCUGUGGGUAACUGCCCAUGGGCAAAUUUGCCCAGUGUUGAUAAAUGAGCCCCAUGUGUUUAAAGCUACAUUGAAUUUAAGGGGGUGUUUACAUUUGCUUCGUCCAUUACCAAUAACCCAGGGAACACUGCGCGGGGCUGAGAUCUUUAGUUUCACCUUUUUUUUGCACUUUAACCUGCUGUACAGGAGGCAGAGGGAAUGUUGUGUAUAUUUGUCUCCGGGGUCUCUCAUACAAUGUAUAUUCUGUCAUAUUUUUAUUAAAAUAAUCAACCCUU